AUGAGAUUUCUAAUCCUUGCCUUAUUGCUUGCAAUUUCCAUUGCAGUAUUUGCCUUGUGCAAUGCAGAGUAUUCUCUUGCAGAAAGCAGUGCUCUCUCUACUUAUCUUCCAAGAAAAAGAAAAUAUGGUAGAAAAUAUGGUAGAAAGUAUGGCAGAAAAUUCAGAAAAUACGGUAGAAAGUAUGGCAAGAAGAGCAGAAAAUAUAGAAAGUAUGGCAGAAAGUAUGGUAAAAAGUACGGCAGAAAGUAUGGUAGAAAAUUCAGAAAAUAUGGUCGAAAGUAUGGUAGAAAGUAUGGUAAAAAGUAUGGUAGAAAAUUCAGAAAGUAUGGUAGAAAGUAUGGUAAAAAGAGCCGAAAAUAUAGAAAGUAUGGUAGAAAAUUCAGAAAAUACGGUAGAAAAUAUGGUAGAAAGUACGGAAAGAAGAGCAGAAAAUAUAGAAAGUAUGGCAGAAAGUAUGGUAGAAAGUAUAGAAAGUAUGGCAGACGAUAUGGCAAGAAGAACAGAAAGAAUAGAGCUCGUCGUCACAAGAAAUACUAA